AUGAAGAACCGAUUUCUUACCGCUGCAGUGUUGUCUCUCUCGACGGCGCUGUCUUCGGCUGCAUAUGCUGAUUAUUCACUGUCGAUACUGCAUUUGAACGACCUGCAUUCACGUAUUGAGUCGAUAAACAAGUACGAUUCCACAUGCGACGCGGAGGACGAAGCGGAAGGAAAAUGUUUCGGUGGUAUUGCCCGUAUCAAGACGAAACUCGACGAACGCCGCAAUGCGCUCGAAGCAGAUGGCAGGAAUGUCAUUGUCGUAGACGCAGGUGAUCAGUUCCAGGGUUCGCUGUUCUAUACGACGUACAAGGGCGACGCGGCGGUCGAAUUCCUGAACGAAAUGAAUAUUGACGCCAUGGCGGUCGGCAAUCACGAAUUCGACGAUGGCCCGGAGGGUCUCGCCAAUUUCAUCGGCAAGGCGACGUUUCCGAUCAUUUCCGGAAAUAUCGAGGUCAGCGCCGAGCCGCUGCUGAAAGGUAAGGUUCCCGGCAUCGUCAUCCUGGAAAGGGGUGGCGAAAAAAUCGGUAUCGUGUCCGCUUUGGCCGAAGACACGGUCGAUACAUCCUCACCGGGCGAUGGUGUCCGCUUCAUUCAGGCUGAAGACUAUCUGAAAGGUGCCGUUGAGGGUCUCGAGGCUGCCGGCGUCAACAAGAUCAUUGCAGUCACUCACAUGGGCUUGCCACGGGAUAUGGAAAUUGCCGCGGCCGUUCCCGGAAUUGACGUGAUCGUCGGAGGACAUUCUCACACGCUACUUUCCAACACGCAGGAAGGUGCGUCAGGUCCCUAUCCGGUUCUUGUUACAAAUCCGGAAGGCAAGGAAGUGCCCAUCGUUCAGGCGUAUGCCUACGGAAAGUUCCUUGGCGAACUUGAUGUCACCUGGGACGAUGACGGCAAUCUCCUCAAGGCCGAGGGCGAACCGAUUCUGCUGGAUGCGUCCGUGACACCGGAUGAAGGCUUCGCGGCCCGGGUUGCAGAACUGGCUGCGCCGAUCGAGGAACUGAAGGGCAAGGUCAUCGGAUCCAGUGAAGAUGUCAUCGACGGUGACCGCGGCUCCUGCCGCGCUGGCGAGUGCCAGAUGGGCAAUCUCGUUGCCGACGCCAUGCUUGACCGUGUCAUGGACCAGGGUGUCCAGAUCGCAAUCCAGAACGGUGGCGGUUUGCGCGCCUCCAUUGAUGGCGGUGAAGUCACCAUGGGUGAAGUCCUGACGGUCCUGCCGUUCCAGAACACCCUGUCCACUUUUCAGCUCAAGGGAGCGGACGUCGUAACGGCGCUGGAAAACGGUGUCUCCCAGGUCGAGGAUGGCGCGGGUCGCUUCCCUCAGGUUGCCGGUCUGAAAUACUCGUGGACGCGCAAGAAGGAUCCUGGCGCCGGGCGUGUCCUCGUUGUCGAAGUCAUGGAAGACGGUAAUUGGGUGCCGCUUGAUCCGGACAAGGUCUAUGGUGUUGUCUCCAACAACUACAUGCGCGGUGGCGGUGACGGCUACAAGGUUUUUGCCGAAAGCGGCAUGAAUGCAUAUGACUUCGGGCCCGGACUGGAGGCGGUGGUUGCCGACUACCUCGCAGCGCGCAACGACUAUGCGCCCUACACCGAUGGCAGGAUCACCGAACAGUAAAGUGUUCCCCCGAACGCCAAUUGAAACGCGCCGCAUGCCGGCGCGUUUUUUUU